AGAGGGUACAAGGGUAGUCAGAAUGCUGGGCCUGUCUGAAAUCAGUAUCUAUCGGAGGGUGGGGCUGGAAAGUCCAGCCUUCUGCAUAUUGCCUGGUUCAUUCCACCCAAUCUCCCUGCUUCUCUCUAGUCCUCCCAGUAAAGUCCUAGAUCCCGGUAAGGACCCACAUUGCCGGGUACCAGUUUAAGGGGGCACCACCAGAAGAUAAUGGAAGUCCACCUGCCCCCUUCAUUUACGUUAACCAUUGAAAGGAAACAGCUGCCAAUCAUAUACGUUAACCCUUCAAAGAAAACACCUGCCCCUCAUAAACGUUAACCCCUUCAAAGAAAACACAACACAAGAAGCUUAAAGGCGUGCUUCCAGGGUUCCGGGAGACAGGGCCCUCUGGAAAAGCCGCCGGCCAAGCUCAGGCUGGGGCAUUGUGGCCCGACUCGCUCACCCUCUGGCGGCCACGCGGGGGCCUAUGAUCGCAGGGGACGCGGCUACCCCCGCCCUCCAAUGGGAGCCAAUGGAGCCUGAGGCCCCGCCCCUGAGAAAUCGCUCCCGGAGAGUAUUUAGAAGCUGAGUGCUCACAAAGGCACUCAGGAGAGAGCUGGGGAAGCCUGAGAAGGGAGUGCUGAGCGAGCGUGGCCCCAACUCACAACCCAAAACCUGGGACCGGGCAGCUGGUGCAGUCGGCCUCGCGGGACGGAGCCCGCAUCCUGUCUCGCUGGCCACUGGCCACGUAGCGCCCCGCACUUCUGGCCGGAUGUGAAGUGGGUGAGUCUCGGAGCUGCGCCCCACACCGAGCUGCCCUGUCCCACCCCUGGCAGCCGCCGCCAUGGCCCGGCUGGUGCUGCAGGGCACACUGCUGUGCAUGCUGCGCGUCGGAUUAAGCACCCUGGACUCCGAGGGCUUCCUGUCCCGUGCGCCUCAUAACUGUCCCUACAAAUGUGUCUGUGCUGCCGACCUCCUGAGCUGCGCCGGCCUGGGGCUGCAGGAUGUGCCGGUCACGUUACCAGCUGCAGCUGCAGACCUCGACCUGAGCCACAAUGCGCUGCAGCGCCUGCGCCCCGGCUGGUUGGCGCCCCUCUCCCGGCUCCGCACCCUGCGUUUAAAUCACAACGAGCUGGAUGCGCUAGGUCGGGGAGUUUUCACCAAUGCCAGUGGCCUGCGGCUGCUCGAUUUAUCAUCUAACGCCCUGCGGGUCCUCGGCCGCCACGACCUCAACGGCCUGGGGGAGCUCAAGAUGCUGCUUCUGUUCAAUAACCGCCUGGCGCACUUGGACGAGCAGGCCUUCCACGGCCUGGGCGCGCUCAGUCGUCUCUACCUGGGCUGCAAUGAACUUGCGUCCUUCUCUUUCAGUCACCUGCACGGCCUGGGCACGACCCACCUACGUACUCUGGACUCUCCUCCAACACUAGGACGCAUCCCUGUACCUGACCUGGCUUCACUGCCAGCCUUUCUCAAGAACGGCCUUUACUUGCACAACAACCCAUUACCCUGUGACUGCCGUCUCUACCACCUGCUGCGGCGCUGGCACCAGCGGGGGCUCAGCGCCGUGAGCGACUUCGCGGGCGAGUACCGUGCCUGCUUCAAGGUACCCACCUCCCGCGUGCGCUUCUUUGAGCACAGCCGUGUCUUUGAGAACUGCUCAGCCGCCCUGGCUCGGGGCCUAGAGCAGCCUGAAGAACAGCUGCAUGUGCAGGUGGGGCAGUCCCUGAGGCUACACUGCAACACCAGCGCCCCAGCCGUACACAUUGCCUGGGUCUCGCCGCAGCAUGAGCUGCUCAUGGCACCUGGAUCUCGCAACGGCAGCAUCGCAGUGCGGGCUGAUGGCAGCCUGGCCAUCAGCAGCGUGCAGCCAUGGCACGAGGGUGUCUUUGUGUGCCUGGCUACUGGACCCCACCUGCAUCACAACCAGACACACGAGUACAACGUGAGUGUGCACUUUCCACGCCCUGAGCCUGACACUUUCAACACGGGCUUCACCACACUGCUGGGCUGCGCCGUGGGCCUGGUGCUCGUGCUGCUCUACCUGUUCGUGCCACCCUGCCCCGGCUGCCGCCGCUGCUACCAUUGCACCUGCCGCUGCCGCCGCUGGCCCCGAACACCCAGCCCACUCCAGGAGCUGAGCGCACAGUCCUCAGUGCUCAGCACCACGCUGCCCAACGCACCAAGACGCAAGGCCAGUGUCCACAAGCAUGUGGUCUUUCUGGAGCCUGGCAGAAGCCUCAAUGGUCGUGUGCAGCUAGCGGUAGCUGAGAACUUUGAUCUCUACAAUCCCAUGGGCCUGCGGCUCAAGGCUGGCUCUGAGUCCGCUAGCUCCACGGGCUCUGAGGGUCUGGUGAUGACCUAGGCUGCCCAGGGGCCCCACCGAGGCCACUGCCUGCCCGCUGCUUGCCCUGCUCCCUGCUGCUGCCCAGAGAACUGCCAGAUGCUGGUGGGAAGCACUGGGCUUGGUCCUCCAGCCUCCUGUGUGGGCCUCAACAUAAACCACAGCAACCCCACUCACUGGUAGAGGGGCUGAAGUCCCCAACUCUCUCCUGCUUCUCCCCAGCAGCACAGGACCAAAACAUCCCAGGACGUAGCAGGGCCUACCUGUGCCCACAUGAGGAUUGGAACCGAGGACCAUCUGGAAGAGCGCUUGCAUUAGAGCCCCAGGUUCACCCGCAGGGGCUGAGGCAGCCAUCAAGGAGAGUGGUGGUGAAGAACUGAAGCAUGACCACCUUCCGCUUCCCAAGGGGACGGGAGUGGCCCACGGGGGAAAGGAGGAGGACUUCAAAGGAAGACUGAGUCCCCACCCCGAGGGUGGAAAGAGGAAUUACAAGCCCUCCCUCUGGUGAAAUGUGACUCCCCACGCACCAACAUUCAAGCUACUUGAAGCGUCACGAGUCCAUGCAGUCUGGUGAGAAGGCAACCAGCAGGCAAGGCUCCUCAAGAGAACCCCAGGGGCAUCGCAGGCCACUCUGAGGGCAGAGCCUCUCCCAUGGGCUCGCAAGACAACGGUAAGGGGCACCAAUGGCCUGUUCCCCCAGCUUUUCAGCAGUAAAAAGCCUGCUGAGCGUGGCUAAGAUGGGAGGGCCGAGCCAGAACUUGCUGUCUCCCAAGGGUAGAAUCCUCUUAAGGGCUGGCACUGGUAUCGGCCUAAUGGCUGAAGCAGUGCCCUGGCUUCAUAUGCAUCUCACCACUCCCACUGCAGGGAGGCAGGGAAGCGGGGACUGGGAACCCCUCCUGAGUGAGGGCUCAGCUGGGGGGCCCACAAGUGUCCUGGAUCCAGCUAUCAUGGAAUUUCUUAAUAAAGAUAGUACAUGCUCGUCGCUGGAGCCUUCACA